AUGGAAGGUGCAACUUGCAUGAUAAUCAUCCAUCGUUUGGCUGCUGAGUGUCCCUGGGUAAUCGAAUCCAAGUCCUGUCAAGCCCAUCAUGAUGUUGUUUUGGCUGCAAUUCCAGUUCCAGUUCCACUUCAAGCGAGCGCGGGAGGGAAGCUUGAUUCGACCCACUCACGAUCUGAGAAGACUGAUCAUAGUAGGGCCGCAAAGAAAGAUAAUACUCAAGUCCAGUCCAGAGAUAUGAUGCUCUUUAAUGAUCAUGUGAUCCGUGUGUAUGCAGUACAGAGCUCCGGUACUGGUAUAUCCGUGGGUCCUCCAUCUAUCGGUAUCUCUCUCCCAUCACGAUCCUCCGCUGAACAGAGCUCCGGGCUGCGCGAGAAGGGAGUCGAACAAGAAGAGAUGAUGCCUGGGUUGAAGCUCGUCCGGGCGACGAGAAGAGCCGCUGCUGGUUACGCUGCUGAAUACCUACCGUCACUCGGAUGUGUACAGAUUCCCCAGGUCGAGGUCGAGGUCGAGGUCGAGGUCUACCAACCAAAACGUAGCGGUAGAAGCAUCAUAUAA